AUGCCAAAAGUAAGAGAAUUAAAACACCACGAACAAAAGCUAUUAAAAAGAGUUGAUUUUUUAAAUUGGAAGUCGGAUGGUGUCACUCCCGAAUAUAAGGAAUAUAUCUUAAAAACCAUUCAAAAAUACCAAUUAAAAGAUCAGAAGGAAUUUUUUAAUUACCAGAGAAUAGCAACACAAAUCAACAACACAUUAAAUAGUAUUAAAGAAUUAGAUGAUAAAAUUUAUAGAGACUUUAAAGUUGAUCAAUUAGUGAUGCUUGGUAAAAAAUUAUUUGAUAUGGGAAUUUUGGAUUCGGAAGCAGAAAUAGAAACAUUAAAAAAGAUAACUGUGGGUAGAUUGUGCAGGAGAAGAAUCUCGUAUCUUCUCAAGGUUUUACACUUCUCUGAAAGUGUAAGAUUGGCUAAUUUGAAUAUUCAACAUGGCCAUAUUAGGAUUGGACCAGAAGUUGUCAAAGAUGAAGCAUUCCUUGUUUCAAGAAAUCUUGAAGAUUUUAUUACUUGGACAAACAAAUCAAGAAUCAAAUCAACAAUUCGUAAAUUUAAUGAGACAUUUGAUGAUUUUGAAGAGCUACAAGAAUAA